AUGCAACUCCCCUUCAUCAGUGCAUCUCAUACGCGGCCCGAGUCCAACAUCAAAGGUGCGCAAAAGUCGAGUAACUUCGAAUGGGCCAAUUUUAACAACAGAUGGGCACAAAAACAGUACAGCAAUGUUGCAGCAGCUGCAUUUCUGCUUCAAGACUACUUCCUCACUUUAGAGUCUGAAGUUAGCUGGACAGCAAGAAAGCGCUGGAGUUUGCCAAGAGUAAUUUUCACAGUCGCUCGUUAUGUGCCAUUUAUUGGAACUGGGUUGACUUUAGCAUCGGCUUUAAACAUCAACAUUGUAACAGCCUUUCAUUUCCUAGGAAUCAUAGCGGCAGAGUGCCUCUUGAUCUUCCGAGUUUACGUUUGCUACGACUUGAGCAAGCGAUUACUUUUACUCGCUAUAAUUUUGGGAUUGCUAUACAAUGAUGGACUGUUCUACAUGGCUGCCAUCAUCGCAAUUACGACUACCAAUAUAAUUAUUGGCCUUACCCUGCCGGUACGAUCCCCAUUGCCUCUGAUGUCAACCUUUUAG